AUGAUCUCGAGAUCAUCUCUCGCGAAAAGCGCGCAACAGGCCAUUCGCCGGUCCUGCCGUGCGCAGUCCCUGCAGCGCCGUGGCUUUGCUGCUGCUACCACAACAGGAGCCUUUGAGACGGCAGAUGCGUCCGGGUUGAAGGUUGCCUCAAGGGAUGCCCAUGGGCCUACCACCAAGCUUGCCGUCGUUGCGAAGGCUGGUACGCGGUACCAGCCUUUGCCGGGCCUGACUGUUGGCCUCGAAGAGUUCGCUUUCAAGAACACUCAGCGACGGUCUGCCCUGCGAAUCACGCGGGAAUCCGAACUUCUCGGUGGUCAAUUGAGCGCUUCCCACACCCGAGAGGCUCUUGUUCUUGAGGCCAGCUUCCUCCGAGAAGACUUGCCCUACUUCGCCGAACUUCUCGCCGAGGUCGUCUCAUUGACCAAAUAUACCACCCACGAAUUCCACGAAGAUGUCGAGCGAAUUCUACACCUCAAGCAGGCUGCCCUGAAGACCAAUGUCAACGCUUUGGCGCUCGACAACGCCCACGCUGUCGCCUUCCACACCGGCCUCGGUGCUACCAUCUAUCCAUCCGACUCCUCCCCGGUUCACAAGUACCUCAACGAAGAAUACAUUGCCAGCUAUGCUGACAUGGUCUAUUCCAAGUCUAAUAUUGCCAUUGUCGCCGACGGUGCCCCUAUUGGUGCCUUGACCAAUUGGGUUGGCCAGCUCUUCAAGGAUGUCCCCGCCAAGGCCCCGAGUGGCCAGUCUCUCAAGAUUGACGCGACCAAGUACUACGGCGGUGAGCAGCGAAAUAGCCACUCUGACGGCAAUGCCAUGGUCAUCGCAUUCCCCGGGUCAGAUGCUGCUGGCUCCAAGCCUGAGAUUGCAGUUCUCGCUGCCCUUCUUGGUGGCAAGCCGACUAUUAAGUGGGCUCCUGGUUUCAGCCUGCUUUCCAAAGCUACUGCUGGUGCCCCGGGUCUUUCCAUCUCUGCUUCCAACCUAGCGUACUCUGAUGCUGGCCUGUUGACCGUUCAGUUGUCUGGCAACGCUGCUUCGGUCCGCAAGGCAGCCGAGGAAACCGCCAAGGCUCUUAAGAGUGUUGCCAAUGGCGCAGUCAGCAAGGAGGACGUUACCAAGGCCGUCGCCAAUGCCAAGUUUGACAUCCUUGAAAAUGCCCAGCUGCGCUCUCCCAGCCUCCUGCAGGCCGGUUCCGGCAUCAUCCACCAUGGCAAACCUUACGACGUGGCUGCUCUGGCCAAGGGCAUCGAAGCUGUCACCACUGAUAAACUGAAGACCACCGCCAAGGCUCUCCUUGAUGGCAAAGCUACUGUUUCCACGGUCGGUGAUUUGUUCGUGCUUCCAUAUGCCGAGGAGAUUGGCCUGCGGGUAUAA